AUGAAUCCAACACUCGCAUUCCCACCAACCCCAACCAUAAAAACAUACCACCUCCCCUCCCCAUCCGGCCAAAUCUACAUCCUCGACUCCAACCCCUCCACGCCAUCAAAACCAACCCUCCUCCUCAUCCACGGCAACAGCUCCUGCACCCAAAUCUGGCACCCACUACUAACAUGUACACCGCUCACACGAACACACCGCGUCAUCGCACUUGAUCUGCCCGGUCACGGGUGCUCGGAUGAUGCACCAACAAACCAAAAAGGGGAUGUGUAUACGAUGCGCGGGUACGCAGAGUGUAUCCUGGGUAUACUUGGUGACCUGGGUGUGAGGAGGUUUUGUGUUUUGGGGUGGAGUUUGGGGGGGCAUGUUGGUGUUGAGAUGUUAGGUCUUCUCAAAAGGAAUAAUGAUGCGAAUGCGAACCUGAAUCUGGAGAUGGAGAUGAAAGGCCUCAUGCUCAUCGGCACACCACCCAGCCUAGGCCCUACACAAGUCACAGCAGCAUUCUCCAAAACGCCCCCAUCACCCUCCAUGGCCCUCGCAUCCCAAGAACAUCUCACCAACCUCGAAGCACAAAACUACGCCGUCGCCGUAACGGGACCUCCCUUCCAAGAAUGGCAGGUCGAAGCCGUAUCGAGAACAGACGGCCAAUUCCGCAAAAUCAUGUUUUCGAGUUUCACAUCCGGAAUCGGUGUUGAUCAGGUAGCUGUCGUUGAGAGUGAAAAAGAUGUUUUGAUUGCGGUGGUGAAUGGAUCGGAGGAUCCGUUUGUUAAUUUGGAUUAUUUGGAUGGGUUGAGAUGGGGGAGGCUUUGGGCGGGUGAAUGUGUGAGGUUGGAUGGGUUGGGACAUGCGCCGUUUUGGGAGGAUGUGGGGAGGUUUUAUACUUAUUUGCAGGGGUUUCUUGUGGAGUGUGAGGCUUAG